UAUGGACGUUCACCGCUUUCUCCUCGCCUCCUUGCUACUGCUUGGACUAGCGGCAGCGAACAUUUACAAUGGACAUCAAGUAUGGCGUUUAAACAACCUCAAUACCGACCACGCAAAGGACAUCCACGCUCUCCUGACGGGUUUGGACUUCGACGUGUGGAGUCAUGGAAGAGAUUGGCUUGAUGUGAGGGUUCCUCCGUCCCUCGCGAGUCCUCUACGGCGUCGCCUGCAGGAGCUCUCUGUCCCUCAUACGGUCUUGAUUGAGGAUGUUCAGAAGAAAAUCGACGAAGAACGCAGGGACUUGGGAAAAUCUCAAGGAAAAACUGGAAUUCAUCUAAGCGAAUAUAAUGAGCUGGAAGUGAUUGAAGGCUACAUGAGCGAGCUUUCCCAGAAGUACGAGUGGGUGAGCCUGAAAUCCAUCGGCAAGACGUACGAAGGUCGUGACCUGUGGGUGAACGUCCUGGCGGUCCCUGGAGAAGCUCCUAAGCCAGCGGUGUGGAUUGACUGCGGCAUCCACGCCAGGGAAUGGAUUACCCAAGCCACCUGUGUCUUCGGUUUAGAAUUUCUGACGACCCAGUACGGUACUGACGAAGCUGCUACGAGUCUUCUAGAUUCCUACGACCUCUACAUUAUGCCAAUGCACAACCCUGAUGGCUAUUACUACACCUGGCAUAAUGACAGACUCUGGAGGAAAAACAGAAUGCAUUACGACGGCGAAAUCUGCACCGGCGUUGACCUGAACCGAAACUGGGACGACGGGCACUGGGGGGGCGAGGGAACAUCUGACAACAGCUGUUCGGAUAUUUACAAGGGACCCGGGCCGUUCUCAGAACUAGAAACGCAGGCAGUGAGGGACUUCACAACCGACCUCAGGAUGAACAAUAACCUGACGGCCUACUUCACCAUCCACUGCUACAGCCAGUUGUGGAUGUACGCCUAUGGGUGGACUGGAGACGCGACGCCCGACGACGAGGCGCUGUACAGGGUCUCCGAAAUUGGCGUAGUGGCACUGAGAUCCGUUCAUGAUACGAGGUACCAGUUUGGUAGCAUCUACAACGCCAUCUACCCCGCCUCCGGCACGUCCAUCGACUGGAGUUACUCCGCGGGUGUCGUUCACACCUACACCCUCGAACUCCGUGACACCGGGAGCAAUGGCUUCCUUCUUCCGCCUACCGAGAUCGUCCCGACUGGGCAGGAGACGUGGGCGGGACUCGUAGCCGCUAUUAUGGCUAUUUAAGUACCUGUUGCUGCAACGUUGCGACUGCUUAGAUCACGGUUUGCUAUCUUGGUCGUCUGGAGCUCAUGGCUAUAUUGUUCUAUCUUUGGCUACUUAAGACACGUUCUGUCAUCUUGGUUAAGUGAGGGCCAUUGCUAUUUACUUGGCUAUUUGUGAUUUUUUUCUCUCUGGGGUCUUAUAGCCGCUAUCUUGAUUGAAUUGAAUUGAAUUAUUUUUUUCUUUUUAUCUUGGGCCUUUCGGCUCAGUGAGAGAAUAGUAAUUAUGAAUGUCCAGAAAAUUUCCUUUUUUUUCUUCUUUUCUUCUGAAAUAAAGUUGCUCAUGAAA